AUGGUGGUCGUGGAGCUGCUCACUCUCGACAAGCCCUAUCCACAGUACUCAUCGGAGCAACAUGCUGAGUACGUGUGCAAGCAAGGAGAACGUCCUGUGCUCACACAGUUUGGCAUUCCUCCUGUGCUUCAAGCGCUUUUGGAACAGUCGUGGGCUCAAGAUGUGCGAAGGCGACUCUCCAUGAAGGCCGUUUGUUCCCAGAUGCACUCGUUGACUGAGUGCACGGACGAUGAGCUUAGCCGGCUGCCAUUGAACGACCUUUCGAGCAGCAUGCAUACCAUCCAGACGCGGCCAGGACUCGAGUGUUCCUCCGAGUCGCCCGUUGUGUUUGAGUUCCCACCUCAGUUCCAACAUCUCCUGCAAGACUGCGAGAUUUUGUCGGAGUACUCGGACAUGGACAAUAGUAUGGACCUUACGCUGACAACGACAGCAUCAACGACAUGGCAAGACAGCGUCUCGACAUUCUUCUAA